AUGACCACUUGGAGUGCCCCGCGGAGGCCCUGCCGCGCGCUCGGACUCGUGCUGCUGGUGGUCCUGGGUUUCCUGGUGCUCCGCAGGCUGCACUGGCCCCGCCUGCUCACCCCCUGGCUGAGACACCGGCAGUCCGGGCUGCGCACCGAGGGCCAGAACUUCAUGCUGGAGGACUCCACCUUCUGGAUAUUUGGGGGCUCCGUGCACUAUUUCCGCGUGCCCCGGGCCUACUGGAGGGACCGCCUGCUGAAGAUGAAGGCCUGCGGCCUGAACACCCUCACCACCUAUGUCCCCUGGAACCUCCACGAGCCCCAGAGAGGCACAUUUGACUUCUCCGGGAACCUGGAUCUGGAGGCCUUUAUCCGGCUGGCCGCGGAGGUGGGGCUGUGGGUGAUCCUGCGUCCAGGCCCCUACAUCUGCAGCGAGAUCGACCUCGGCGGCCUGCCCAGCUGGUUGCUCCGAGACUCCGGCAUGAAGCUGAGGACGACGUACAAGGGCUUCACCAAGGCCGUGGACCUGUACUUUGACCACCUGAUGGCCAGGGUGGUGCCGCUCCAGUACAAGCACGGGGGACCCAUCAUCGCUGUGCAGGUGGAGAAUGAGUACGGCUCCUAUAACAAAGACCCCGCCUACCUGCCUUACGUCAAGAAGGCCUUGGAGGACCGAGGGACUGUGGAGCUGCUCUUAACUUCAGACAACAAGGAUGGCCUGAGCAACGGGGUCAUCGACGGAGUGCUGGCCACCAUCAACUUACAGUCGCAAGACGACCUGCAGUUACUGACCAUGUUCCUCUUAAGUGCCCGGGGGGUUCAGCCCAAGAUGGUGAUGGAGUACUGGACAGGGUGGUUUGACUCCUGGGGGGGCCCCCACAACAUCCUGGAUUCUUCCGAGGUUCUGAAAACCGUGUCGGCCAUCAUCGACGCCGGCUCGUCCAUCAACCUCUACAUGUUCCACGGAGGCACUAACUUCGGCUUCAUGAGCGGAGCUAUGCACUUUCACGACUACAAGUCUGACGUCACCAGCUACGACUAUGACGCGGUGCUGACCGAGGCCGGGGACUACACGGCCAAGUACACCAAGCUCCGAGGGCUCUUCGGCUCCAUGUCAGGUAGCCCGCUGCCUCCCCCACCCCAGCUCCUCCCCAAGACCGCGUACGAGUCGCUGAGGCCGGCCUUGUACCUGUCGCUGUGGGACGCCCUCCAGUACAUGGAGUCGCCAACCACCUCGGAAAAGCCUGUCAACAUGGAGAACCUGCCGGUAAACAACGGAAACGGCCAGUCCUUCGGGUACACCCUGUACGAGACCGCCAUCAGCUCCCCCGGCAUCCUCAGGGGUCUCGUGCGUGACCGGGGACAGGUGUUUGUGAACACAGUCUACCUCGGCUUCCUGGGCUACGAAAGGAAGGAGAUCGUCAUCCCCUUAAUCCAGGGCUACACCGUGCUCAGGAUCUUGGUGGAGAACUGUGGGAGGGUCAACUACGGGCACAACAUCGAUGACCAGCGCAAAGGCGUAAUUGGAAAUAUCUACCUGAAUGAAAUUCCGCUGAGAAACUUCAAAAUCUAUAGCCUGGAGAUGAAAAAGAGCUUCUUUCAGAGGUUUGGCUCCAGCGCAUGGAACCUGGUCCCCGAAGCACCCGUGUUCCCUGCCUUCUUCCUGGGCGCCCUGCCCGUGGCCCUCUCCCCCCUGGACACCUUCAUGAAGCUGGAGGGCUGGGAGAAGGGCGUCGUGUUCAUCAACGGCCAGAACCUGGGGCGCUACUGGAACGUCGGGCCCCAGGAGACCCUCUACCUCCCAGGUGUCUGGUUGGACCAAGGCAUCAACCAGGUCAUUGUUUUUGAGGAGAAGGCGGCGGGCCCCGUGAUCCAGUUCACCGACACCCCCCACCUGGGCAGGAACCAGUAUAUUCACUGA